AUGACAGAAAUGACAGAAAUGACAGAAAUGACAGAUAAGAUAGAAAUGAUAGAAAUGAUAAAAAUGACAGAAAAGAUAAUAAUAAAGGAUAAAAGAAAUAAGUAAUUGAUUUAUUAAAUAAAUUAGUAAUAACCAAAUAAUGGAGUUCAAUUUGAUGAUAAAGAUUUCCCAUCUUUAUGAAGUGAGUCUUCAAAACAAAUAGAAAAGUGA